AUGAAACCGUGGGUAAUCAUCAUAAUAGUUUGGGCUGUCUUCGCCGUAAUUGCUGUCAUAAGUUAUAUCUUCCGAGGUCGUUACCGUUUAAGAGUUAGUGGAGGGGAAAGCUGGGGCGGCGGGGGAGGCGGACAUCAUGCCCAUCAUGCCCAUCAUGAUCAUACUAUAUUUGGAGGAGGAGAUGGAGGUUUAGCUGCCAGUUCUGCUUGUGGUGGUGCAGCUGCCAGUUCUGCUUGUGGUGGAGGCGGCGGUGCUGGAGGUGGCGGAUCCAGUGCAGUUUGA